AUGGCAGCCAUGAAGCGAUCGCGGCGCAACCGAGUGGCAUACCAGGUCGAGGAGCCUGAGCCGCUAAAGGAGGCCCCUACCGCCGAACCUGAGCAGGAAGCAGAGGUGCCCACGACUCCGCCAAGUCGCAGCACCUCGAUUCUGCGUGGUGCCCGCCUGGGUCUCCUCCUUGGUGCCCCGACCGCGGGUGCCUUGGGCCUCGUGGCCGGUGCUGCCGGCGGCGCCGCUUUUGGCGCCUUCCUGGCGCCUUUGACCUUCGGGUUCGCAGUCCCUGUUUGCUCCGGGUUUUCGGCCUUUGUGGGCCUCAUCUUCGGGCUUUGCUUGGGCGCCAUGGGAGGCGCUGCCUUUGGCGGCUUCCUGGGUGCUUGUGCUUUCUUCCUUGGCUUCGGAGGAGCUUGCAGCGUGGAUCCGACGUCCUCACACUUUGUACAGGUGGCUGUAGCCUUGCUCCUCAUGGGCAUUACAGGGCCCAUCACCGCCGCGGCGGGCGCUUUCCUCGGGAUGCUCAGCGGCGCCUUCCUGGGAUUCUUCGGAGGUCUGCUUCUGGCCCCUUUUAGCUUCGGCCUGUCCAUCCCGCUGGCCAUAGCGAUUUGCGCCGUCAUUGGGGCGGCCAUCGAUGCCGCCACAGGUGCCUUGCUUGCGGCAUGCGCAAGUGGACUGCUCGUGAGGUAUCAUGGAUGGCUGCUGGCAGGUCUCCGCCGCGCCAUGUCGGCAGCGAAUGCAGCCAUGAACAGAUUCCGCUGGCGACUAGCUUCAUUUAUCGCGCCGGGAGCAGCUGAGCAGCCCAAAACGUGGGCCGCGGUGCCAGAGACGGAAGCCGGCUGCGCCGAUCCCCCUCGGCGCAGCGCGCGCCGCCGCAGAGCAGCGCGGGCGUAG